AUGGGACAGGCUUUUAGUUUUGCCAAUAUCUUUGGGAAGCUAUGGUCUACAAACAAGGAGAUCCGGAUUCUUAUACUAGGCUUGGAUGGUGCAGGUAAAACAACUAUAUUAUAUCGCUUGCAAAUGGGCGAGGUGGUAACAACCAAACCAACUAUUGGAUUCAACGUGGAGACAUUAAAGUAUAAAAAUAUCACAUUGAACAUAUGGGAUUUGGGAGGACAAACGUCCAUCAGACCAUACUGGCGGUGCUAUUAUAGCAACACCUCGGCAGUGAUAUUCGUGGUGGAUUCGACAGAUAAAGAUCGUAUCGAUACUGCAUGCAAAGAGUUACAUACCAUGUUGAAAGAAGAAGAACUACAAGAUAGCGCACUUCUUGUCUUUGCUAAUAAGCAGGAUCAACCAGGUGCCAUGACAGCAGCGGAAGUUUCACAAGCAUUGAGUCUAACAGAUUUGAAAGAUAGGAGCUGGAGUAUAGUUGCGUCGAGUGCAAUCAAAGGCGAGGGUUUAACCGAGGGAUUGGACUGGUUGAUGGAUGUGAUUAAAGAUGAGCAAUUGUAA